GACCAACAAACGGACAGAUAUUUCAACCAAUCGCCUAAUAGCACUUUGUUAGACAGUAAACCAAUGAAAUAAAACUAAACCACCGAGCUAAAUAUACCAUAGUUCGUUGCGAUUUUUGCGGUAAAUUGUGAAAUUGUCUACCUCAAGAAGCUGAAAUAUGGCUCGUACUAAGCAGACGGCUCGUAAAUCUACAGGAGGUAAAGCUCCUCGUAAGCAGUUGGCAACAAAGGCAGCAAGAAAGAGUGCCCCAUCUACAGGAGGAGUCAAGAAGCCCCAUCGUUACAGACCUGGUACUGUUGCAUUGAGAGAAAUCAGGAGGUACCAGAAAUCUACAGAGUUGCUGAUCAGAAAAUUGCCAUUCCAGAGAUUAGUUCGUGAGAUUGCUCAGGACUUCAAAACAGAUCUACGAUUUCAGAGUGCAGCUAUUGGUGCUCUACAGGAGGCAAGUGAAGCUUACUUGGUUGGCUUGUUUGAAGAUACAAACUUGUGUGCUAUCCACGCCAAGAGAGUGACUAUCAUGCCUAAAGACAUUCAACUGGCCAGAAGAAUUCGUGGAGAACGUGCAUAAAUUAAGACUUAAUUGACUUGUUCACUCAUCUGUUUGGUUCAUCAGAUCAGUUCAUUUUUGGAAGCACUUACAAAUUCAUAAUAUAGAUGGAGUGAACUUUUAUAUGUCAUGUUUUACAUACAUAAAUAUCUCUAUAUAAAGUUAACUGCAUGUUUUGUGACAUUGACAGUUAACACCAGUACCUUUACACAGCUAAGACUGCAGAAUAUUCAGUUUUAGGAGCAUGCUCUUAAUAGUCGUCUAUUAUUUCUGAAAUAACUUAUUCAUUGCUUUCUUUUGGGUCCAUCUUUUAUCAUUUCUAUUUGGUAUCAUAGACUAGCAAUAUUGUCAUUUUCAUUGUUUCCAGUGUAUUGCUAGACCAUAAUAUGUGUAGACUUAUUUUUUAAGUGUUUGUGAUAAUUUACCCAUUUUAUUUUAAUGUGUAAAGUACCAUCAGUUGAGAAUUUUCGUAACUAGUUUUAUGAACUUUAUGAAUAGCAUAAUCAAGAUGAAAAUUCUUGAAGACAAAUUACCCAAACUACAUUCAUUCUGUAUUUAUUCACAAGACACUUGGUCAUUUUCGUUCUUGGAACUUUUUAUGAAUGUUUUCAACUGUUGGUUUGGUUUGGAGGUGAAUAUUGAGAAGGAUACCAUCAAGUGUUUUUGCAGUAGUUUAUGUAAUGGAAAUUUAAAAUACGUUUGACGUGCAAAAA